GACUGUUGCUGCACCCACAGACACUCCGGGUAUGGUGUGGACGAUAAAGACGCGAGAUUACUUCCUACACCAGUCUAAAAGCCUUUCUGUUCCUCCUCUUCACUCUAAGGGUCCACAACUGUUUUUCACUGUGUUUUGUGUCAGGGCGUCUCUGAGCUCUCCGGACAAACUGAGCGCGCUCUCGCGUCACUAAAUGGGCCGGCGGAGCGCGUCGCUGUGCGCGCGUUUCAGCAUUCUCCCUAAAUGGACCUGCAUCAUCAUCAUCAUCAUCUGAUCAUAAGAGUGUGUGUGUGUGUCUGAGUGAUUGCUGUUUAUAUUUGGGAGAGACGGGAAAAAAUGAGCGGCGGAGAAAUCAUCUGCCAGGGCUGGCUGAGAAAAUCACCACCGGAGAAAAAACUUCGGAGAUACGCCUGGAAGAAGCGCUGGUUUAUCCUACGCAGUGGGCGCAUGAGUGGAGACCCAGAUGUUCUGGAGUACUACAAGAAUGACCAUGCCAAAAAGCCCAUACGCAUUAUUGAUCUACACUGCUGUGAGCAGGUCGACGCAGGACUCACUUUCAAACGUAAAGAGUUCCAGGACAGUUUUGUGUUUGAUAUCAAAACAGCGGAACGAACCUUCUACCUGGUGGCAGAGACAGAAGAUGAGAUGAACCGCUGGGUUCGUUCCAUCUGCCAGCUUUGCGGAUUCAAUCAGUCCGAAGACAACCAUGAUGAUAGGCCACCUACUUCCCACAUGCAUCGCUCCAUGGCUGGUGACCUCAGCAGUUCUCUGUUCUCUGGCUGCUCUGGUGAACGGAAGAUGACUGUGCCAUCACACUCCAGCCAACCAAUGCUGUUCACCUUUGACAUGCCAAUACGCCACUCCCAUGCCCCUCUAUCCAACAGUGCCCCCCAGGACUACCUCCUUCUUCACCAGUGUAUGAGCCGGACAAGUGAGAGCACCCGGAGUGCCAGUUUCUCACAGGCACAGCGUGGCAGUCUGUUGUUGGGCAGUGACUCAUCAGUGCAGCGUCUUGCUCAUGGCGUUUCACAGUGUCUGAACGGGACAGGCUCUCAACUACAUAGCUCCUACAGCCUUCCCAAAUCCAACAAACACCAACAGCUUGGGGUACAUGCAGAUUCACCCCACGAGGCCUGCUAUGUGCUGCCCCGAGCCCACAGUGCCGAGGAGCCUUCUGACCUGGAAUCUGAUGAGAUUUACACCUAUAAGACACCCAGUAAUGCCCUCGCCACUGUGCAAUUCAAUGACCACCGCCCUACAGACAACUACGACCAGCCUGGUACGCCUGGCUCUAUCUAUCAGAUACCUCGCACAUUUGAUAGGAACCACAAUGCUCUGACACCCAACAGUGCAGAUUCAACGGGUGGCCCCCCACCACCCAGACCACCAAAACCCAGCCUGAACUCAGAGACACGCUGGGGAAGCCCGCAGUCCCUCGUAGGACAGAAUGGAGACAUAGCUAAUGUGUCUGUCAUCCCAAGGAGAAACACUCUUCCAGCUGUGGAGAACUUCAAGCUUCAGAGAGGAUCCUCCUUUGAGACCAGCAAUCAGCGCCUGCACUAUUUCAAUAACUCUGGUCAAUCAGUAGAAUCUGUCAAUGAUGGCUUCAGCUCCUACCUGAGAGAAAAAACUCCACUUACCCGCUCAAACAGUGGAAAUUCUGAAGACAACUAUGUGCCUAUGAACCCUGGCUCCUCCACCUCCCCUCUCAACGCUGCCCUGGCUGACAGCCCCAAGAACAACUACAUUCCCAUGAGUCCUGGUCCACACCACUUUGACUUCCCAGGAUUCUCUGCCACUCUGCCAGCCAGGAAAGGCAGUACAGCGUCAAUGUGCUACCGACCAGGCCGUGUGAGUGACAUCACGCCUCCACCAAUCAACCGCAACCUUAAGCCCAACAGAAAAGUAAAGCCAUCACCUCUGGACCUGAGGAAUAAUGGCAUCAUUGAUGAGCUUCCUUUUAAGAGCCCUGUGACCUUGUCCUGGAGCAGACCUGUGCCUGUUUUGAACUCCAUCUCCUCACAACACUGUCGACCCAUCUCCACUCAGAGCAUCACCAGCACUGAUUCUGCAGACAGUGAGGAAAAUUAUGUGGCAAUGCAAAACCCAGCAUCUACCUCGCCAGCGGUGAGUGGUACCAGCAGCCCUGCUUCUAGAAAAGGUUGUAACGUCGACUACUUGGCUCUGGAUUUCCAGUCUGGAUCCCCUGGUCCACACAGAAAGCCUUCCACGUCUUCCGCGACAUCAGAUGAGAAGGUUGACUAUGUUCAGGUGGACAAGGAGAAGACACAGGCCCUUCAGAACACCAUGCAGGAGUGGACGGACGUCCGGCAGUCCAGUGAGCCGACCAAAGGCAUUAAAUCCUGACAGAGCGCUAACAUGCUAAUUCUGGCAGCAAGAUGAAAAACACAAUGCACGUGGGCCUCCUUAUCACUUCAUUUUCCACCAGACUGGUGUGCCAUGACAUUUCUUCCUUCAGCAAAACACAAGAUUCAACAGGAUUUUAAAGCGAUGUUAUAAAAUGGAACCCAAAGCCAUAACAAAACCCUUGGUCUUAUGAGGGAAAACACAUAGCCAUUAAUCACCAAGGAGUUGCCUGGCUUGGUAACUACUGUAUGAACGGAGAUUGACAAAUAAACUGUAUUGUGAUCAUCAGUAAUGAAUACAUCAAAAAUGUGCAUCAGUAUACACAUAAAAAUGCAUUGUGUCUUAUAAAUUGUUUGAUUUAAAAGAUACCUAUUUCCUUCUGUACAAAUGCCUUAGAUCUAUCACGACAAACCCAGAGGUAAAUUGCCAUGACUGUUAGCAUAGCCUUUUAAUUCUGCCCCUGACAGUUUCUUAACAUCUUCUACAUCACUAGAGUAUAUAGCUGUCAUUAACUAGAGAGAUGUGAAGGAUGGUUUUUAAUCAUGCAACUUAAUUUCCCAAAAUAUAAACAAACCAGUCUAAUCAAACCAAUGCAACCCUGACCAGGCAGUUACUAAUGAUGAGAAACAGCACACGUUCAUUCAUUCAGAAAGCAUCAUAUCUAAAUUCUCUCUCUUGCCUACAAAAAAAACCGAAAAAAAAAAAACAAAUAAAUCGAACAUAGUGCUCCUCCUUCAUGUCUGUACAUGUAUCUGUUCAAAACACAUUAUCAGUUCAUUGUAAAUAUUGUUCCCAUGAUUGUUUACAUCCCUCUGACAGAUUGAUUAUAUAUCAUAGAUCUUCUCAAAAGUCAAGUCAAGUCAAGUUGCAAAGCUUUUAUUGGGUACAUACUCUUCCGUCUAAUAUAAUUCUAAGAAAUGUGCUAACAAACAUAAACAAGCUGACUUUUGUGGAGAGUCACCGAAAUCCUUUAAAACUAAUUUUACAUUGGGAGAAUGAAAAAGAUAUUAGAUACAUGCAGAAAAAUGUGUAUAAGGAGAAAAAAGUAUUCACCACUUUGGAGGUUUGUGGCAAUAACAAUUUACAAGACACAAGGUGCAUAUAGAUCUGUGAAUAGUGAAACACAUUUGAGAUGUCUCACUGAUUAUUGACAAUGCACACAUGUAUCAAUACCACUUAUCUCUCUCCGUACCCUUGUAAGCCGAUGGCUCGUAUUUGAAAGAAACUACCAAAUAUGCACCUCAGACUGUGCAGUUGCAGCAUGAGUUGCAUGCAGUUGCCUUUUUAUUUGGUAGUGCAAUAUAGGCCAUGGAUAUCAUUGAUUGGUGGAAAGUUAUCUCUAGUGCAGUGUUAUCAAUACUAACAAAUGGGCACUGCAUGAAAUUUAAAUAACUGUGUUCUUUUCAGAGUUGAGUGAGCUUACAGUAAUGGCUUUCCAGUCAAACUGAACUGCAGUCUAUUGAUUCUAGAAAAACAGAAGCCUGAUUAACAUUAAAAGUGGCUGAGCAAACAAGAGACUCAGCUAAAAAAAAAAGGCAAAACCUACUGGUGUGUGGUGUGUAAAGAACAAGCUUUUCAAUUUAUGGAACUAUAUUCAAGCUACAUAGCUAACGUUUGCAUUGAAAGAUCUACCCAUGCAGAUUUAGCUUAGCUGUGCAUGUUCGGUCAGGAAUAUGAUGAAAACCGAUUGCGCAUUCUCUCUGUAGGGACCUAGCAAUAAAUUACUUGUCCAUUUUGCUAGUAGACGAAAAUGUUCCUUUCAAGCGGUUUUGGUUUUCAACUCUGUAUCAGAUAAGAUAAAGAAAUGAUAAAUAUUGAAGUGGUUCUCAAGGACAUAAUGGCUUUAGAUGUGUAUAUUUUCCUCUUGGAUUCAUGGCCAUAUUUCUUAAAGGGUGCAGUUGUGUGCUAGCAGAAGUUCCACAGUAGCCUGUGUAUUCACCAGAGUUUAAAAGACACACACAAAAUGAUUAAAGAACAUAUUUCUUUGCAGAUUACAACUGUAGUAUACAUCUCUGGUAGUUCUUGUCUGCACGAUGGCAGCAGUGGACCAACACUGUAGCAUUACUGACCUACUUGUCAUUCCAGUCAAUCACUUUUGGUGCAGCUCCAUGUAAACUCUGUGAACUCCAGAUUAAUAUGAGGUCACGACUGUGCGUAAGUGUUACAUUACUGUGAAAUGUUAAACAGACAAGUAUUUUAAACUGAACCAGGUGAAUUAGUUACAGCUGUACUGUGUCUUGUAAAUGAUAAAUAGGAAUUAACUGCAGUAAUGAAGAGUGUUCAAUUUUUAAAACAGUUCCGAUUCAUCAUGUCUCUUAAUGAUAAAUGCAUUACUUUCUGUAUAAAAAUUUUAAAUGAGGUUUCUAUUUAAAACCACUGUCAAUGAAAGCCUUUAGAUUUCACAGUUACAAUCAUAUAAUAUGUAGAGUAUACCAGAUUAUCAGGAAAGAAAAAAAAUAUCCAGUAAUUUUACUUUUAGUGAGUUCAAUUUUGGACAGGAAACUGUCAGAAAGACCAGUGAAGAAAUUUUGUAAGUUCUGUAAAUUCCUCAGUGGUUCUCCUUGUGAGGUUCUGUUGUAAGCUACUUUUUUUUAUUACAAGGGCUUUGCAUAUUAACAUACUGUUAUAGGGCUCUACACAGAAUGCUCGUGAGUUAUUUUCUAGACAAUUUUACUAGAUUUAACUUUUUUUUUUUUCUUAAAGCUAGAAUUUCCAAAAUGUAAAUUUACAUGCCAUUUUAAGAGGUCCUAUGUAUGACGUUAAGAUAUGACAUGCCAAUUGAAAACAAAUAUGCCAGUCCUGUUAAAAAUUGAAUUACAUACACAUAAUCAUUGCUUAUCAUCAAAGGUAUUUCUUAUUUAUUAUUAAAUAAAUACUCCAUGGGAUUCCUUGCUCUUUAAUCCAGGUCCUUCUUUACUUUGAUUUGAGAUUAGAGCAUUUAUUAUGGCAUGGAUUAUGGGGCUACCUUUUUAAAACACUGUUAUUGGAAAGCUUUGGAGAUGUACUUUCUGGGGUAACGGUGCACUGGCAUUGCCCUUAAGUAUUUUGUGAUUAUGCUCAAAGACUCUGUGAGACUGAAUUCGGUUAAUCCCCAUGACUUUGUCUGUGCUAAAAGUGAAAUGUGUAAUGUGCUGUCCUGGGAGAGCAUGUGUAAGUGAACUGAAUAUCUUUGUUGUGUUGUGUGUAUGCUGUAGUGUGAUGGAUGACUUGCUCUCUGAGCAUGAUAGAAGAAAAUGUCCAUCAUUUCUUUUUACUGAGUUCUUCUUGAAUAAUGUACACUUUGUUUUAUUUCUACUAUUACUGUAAAGCCUUUAUAUACAAUUGCUUGUGAAUUAAUUUAUUAAUUUAUUAUGUGUGUUCACAGGAAGAAAAACUUGUAAGAAUGACAGUUUGUGGCUCUACUAACAUUAAUUUAUGCUACGCAUCUUGAUCUUUGUUAAGCAAUAUGCCAAGUAAAGCCAGUAAAAUGGUCUAAUGUGGUACUUUGGGGAUACAAAAUAAUAACGUUGUUAUUUCAUGAUGAUAUUUCCUCAGAAUGUCGACCAAAAUAAACUGCAGUGCGAACAUA